CCCGGACCCGUCGCAGCCUACGGGAGGAGCGGGAAUGGAGCCGGGUCAGCUGCGUACCCUCUCCCCGUGAAUAACAACCUCCAGCCUCGUUCCCAUUCGCCUAGCUCAUUUUUAAUUACAACCUGCGGGCCCUCCUCUAGACCUCAGGUGGCCCAGUGCUUUUGAACAGGGCUGUUUGUUUCAUCUCCCCUGGGGAACUGGUUCAGUGCUAGCAAGGCUGUUGCCAGCAGCCAUGCCUGGUCACCUGGGGGAAUGGCAUUGGCAAAACCCUCUGACUUUGCCAGCACUUCUAUUCUGGUUUUGAGGGUUUGGUUGGCUCACUCCACUAUGGCCUGACCUUUAGAAUUGUAUGGAAUGCCCUGCACUAGAGUGAUGCCCCACUUUGAGUCGAAUUCUUGCACCGCUUUGGAGGUGAAAUUUGAGCCAUUCUCAGUUUUAAUUUGCUUGGGGAUACCAAGCCAUGCCAUAGCUGUCAGCCAGUGCUGAAUUGUGGCCUUAGAGUUAGUUUUGGGAUGCUGUGUGGCCACAAUCACUCUACUGUAAGUGUCCACUGUCACUGCCAGCCAUGCUCGGGGCUUCAGCAGUUGACAUAAAGUGAAGUCCGACUGCCAGAUUUCUGAGGCUUUGAGACUUCUUGGGUUGACCCCACUGGUCCACAGGGGUGACUUCUGGCAAUGAGGGCAGAUGGCCACUACAUGUUUCGCGUCCGCUGUAGAGAUCCUGCAUCUUUUUGCCAGCGCUUUGGCUCUGAUGUGGAGCGACUCAUGCAGUUCACAAGCUUCCUGCAAUGUCCACACUCCCUUCGCCGCGGCGUCCACUUUGUCGUUGCCAGUCUGGAAGAAGCCCUUGACUGGGUUGUGGCUGUUGACAUGAAUGACAGACACGGUGCCCUGUUGCGAGGAGGGCGCUUCUUCAAGCAUUGAGGCCGCUGCAGAUGUUGACACACCUGGUCCUGACAUGGCCAGGCAGAGCCUUGCCACAUAUAUAGAGUCCGUUAUGAUGCUGAGGUGUUCCUCUUGGAAGAGUCCGCACGCAAAGACCACAGCUGCUGCUUCCAGUUGUUGCACUGACAGUGUGGGGUCGCAUGCUUUGACACAACACCAUUGUUCUCCUGCCUGCCACACCGCUGCUGCCGUGGAAGUCGUGGAGGAGGCAUCUGUGAAGACCGUUGGUCCUGGCAGCGGUCGGUCCAUGACCUUUGGUGGCAUAUGUUGCCGUGAAUUUUCCUGGUUUGCUGAGCGUUCAUAUUAAAGGAGAAAUGUGCAGUUUCUCGUGCUGGUGAAUUGUAAACACAGGACCAUGUUUUGUAAAUAUUGGCAAUGUUAUGAAUUCCUUCUCCAAGAGAAGGGGAGGUUGAAUGACAGUCCCCUUAACCAAUGUGGUGGGGAGGUGGGAAUUCCUUCCUCCAAUCCACAGGCCUCAUAGGAAAAGUAUAAAAGUAGGUUUUUGUAAAUAAACGGGGUCUUCUGCCCUGCUGCUUUGUUGCACCCAGAUCUGUGUCCCCAGUCUGUUUUCUGGCUAGGCCUCCACGGUGAUAACUGGUGCCCACGUGGUCAAGUUGCAAGCUAGUGAGGCAAGAAAAAAGAAGAAAAAAAAAAAAGAAAGAAAAAAAUCUGCCUUCUACAGCUGCAAAAAGAAGAAACCCACAAUGUUCUCAGAGGAACGACUGAUGAUGGAACUGCUCCAGUCCUUUUUGUUGUCCCGUGACGCUGACCUGACCAGGAAACACGUGAGAGAGCUGUAUAGCUGGGGAAAGAAACUUGGAAUUUUUUAUAGUGCUGAAAAAGCACUCUCAAUCGACCCAUGGAAAACCCUGGGGAAAAGCCUUUUCUCAUCCGUUCUGAACGGAAAUAUGAGAGCUAGCGCUCUUUUAGGGGCAUGGGCGAAAGUUUUUUUGCUUUUAAAAGAGGCUGGGGAGGACUUUGAAGUUGAUUCUGGGUUUUCGACACAGAGCAGAGCUUCCCCUGCGAGCUCCAUCGCUUCUGAUGAGGAUUGCUCUGAUGCAGUGUUAGAGCCGAUGCAGGAGAUCCCAGCCCCCAUGUCAGGGGUUGGGCGCGCCCAGCGGGGUUUUUGGAAGGUCUCCGGGGCUUUUCUGCGUUUUUUUCCCCCCGUGGCGGGGCGCAGGAGGUACCGGGGAGCCGCGGGGGCGGAGCGCGCCGUGUCGGCGCCCGCCGGGCUGAGCAGUCACCGGGCGCGGCCGCCGCCGCCGCUUCGCCGGCGCUGCGCCCCGCCCCUCGCGAUCCCGGCCGCGCGCCGGGUCCCCGCCGCCGCUCGCGGGGGCUGCUGGUUCCCCCCCGCUGCUCGCGGGGGCUGCUGACCCCUCCCCGCUGCCGCCUGCCGCCACGCCCCCGGCGAUGCCCGCGCCGCUGCCCGCCGGCGCCGCGGUCUCUGCCGGGCAGCCCCCCCCCCCGCGCGACCUGCGGAGGGCGGGCCACCGGCUCGACCAAGUCCCGCCCGCCCGGUCCCCGCCCCCCGCCGGCUGCUACGCCCGGGUCCUGUCUUGCUGCGCCCUGCGCAGGGCAGCCCCCCCUGCGCAGGGCAGCCCCCCCGCGCUGCUGCCUGGCGCGGCAGCGCACCCCCUCCUUUCAGAGUAGGAGGGGCCGAGUGCUGUUGCCGCAGAGCUGCCGCCGGCUCGUGUGGCCCCGCGCACCGACCCAUCAGCUGGCCGGGCGGGAGCUGAAAGCUGUGGCCGAUCGGCCACGCCCCCCUGCCCAUCAUGCCCCCCCUCAGAGAGGAGCCUGAGCGUGUCACUGUCCCCCGCCCACCCCCCCUACGGGGCCGGGUCGGCUGUGGGGGAUGAUAACGAGGCAAAAGCGUUUUCUGAUGUGCACGCUUUUCCUGUCAUGAAAUCGGAUGAGGUUUUUAGUCCUGCAUCCCAGCCAAAUCAGGCUGCUGAGCUAAUGGAUCUGCUGCCUCCAGAUGCAGCUUUGCCCAAGCCAGUUCAGGGACCUCUGGGUUUGGUUCCACAGCAUCAUAGCCAUGAUGACCCAUCAUGGGCAGUCCCGUUUCCCUUAUUAAGGGACGUGGCAAAAGAUAAUACGAGCUUCACUGAGGCAAUUCAGUGGAUAAGUGCAGAAUUUGAGAAUCUCAUAUUUCCUUAUGAAAUAACAGGCUUUGCAUCAGCGUUGUUCGAACCUGAUCAGAUUUUUACCUUUCAGGAUGUUUGGGAACUGCUAGCUGGAGAAAAGGCUGUCAAAAAUAGCCACCUGCCUAGAGACGAUCCCUUGUUUGGGGUCGGAGCUGAACUACUUACUGGGAGGAGCGAAUAUGCUUGUCCUGAGGUACAAACUGGUUUUCAUCCCACUGUUCUGUAUCUGUGCAGAUACACAGGGAUAUCUGCAUUGAUAAAAACCAAGUUAUCCUUUCCCCCAAAGCAGGACUUCUCAGAUAUAAAACAGGAGCCAGGUGAAACUUUUUGUAAGUUCAUAUCGCGUCUGAUGCAAUUUUUAGAGAUGAGAGUCAAAGAUAGUACCUUAAGAAUGAUACUGCUGGAGCAAUUGGCAAGAAGCCAUGCUAAUUCUGCUUGCCAGAGGCUCCUGGAAACCAUUCCAGAGACUUCUAAUGUCCUGGAGAUGGUCCAGACCUGUGCAGUUCUGAACACCUGUGAGUCUAUGGUGAUUACCCCAACGGCUGCUUCACAGCCGGCUGAUAUGGGGCAGAAUAAUGGACAUGAGACACAGGCAAAUAUUCAGGCUAGUGGAGAACAGGAAAAGGAGGCACAGAAAGUGACUCCCUUGUUUCUCUGCACACAAUGUGGGGAUCCAGACCAUACUGUAGAAACUUGCAAAGCAGUGGGUCAUGCCGAGCCCUUGCCAAGCCUGAAAAGUCGGAGGCGAAGAAGAAGCCGAAGACAUCAGGGGGACGAAACAGUUUCCCAAGCUCUAGAACAAGAGCAAAAUUCUCUGGCUGGUUUACAGCCAUCAUCUCAAGUGUAGGAAGUGUUGAUGUUGCCACACAGCUAUGGUCAGUUUUCUCUGGACCUUCCAGUGGGUUUCUACGUCCACAUCCUAUAUAUCAUGCAGUCUUUGAGAAAAAGUCAAUUGGUCAAUUAGCGUUUUCUAAGUUCUCUGUCCUCAGGUUCUUGGAUCUUUGCCAAGAAGGCGGCCACUGAAAGUCUGCUGAGCUGCCUCAGGUGCAUUGGACUCAUCCUGUUUGAUCCUGAAACCUUGUGCACCCUGUGCCACCCUAGUGCCACCCAUCACAGAAGCCUCUUCAAGAUCUGAUUGACAUGGACACGGACUGGCAUCUUCUCUUUUCCUAUAUGGCCUCCAUAGAGACUUUGGAUCCUGUGGAGCUGCUGGACAAGGACUGACUGAAGCAGUGUGAUGCUGAGAGCCAGUGGACUGUUAAUCAUGGACUCAGAGGAAUUGUUUGCUACGGUUCAGUUUUAUGUACGGUAGCCAUUGUGACCUCUGUGGGGAAAGUGCACGUUGUUGGAGGUUGUGGUUUUGGGACAGAACUUUUGGGGUUCAGAAUUUUCAAUUGAGUGGUUAAAUUUUUCUUGGAAUGCUCCUGCCUUUUGCACAGUAUAUUCCCUUGUAUCUUAUAAAAAUUUAAAAAUAUGAGGGUGUUGGUUAAAUUAUGUUAGACUAUGCUCGAGAUAUUUUGAGCAGGUUAUUGCAAGGGGUUCAGGGUGAAACCCUGGGUAGCAAAGGCAGAAUCAGACCAACAUGUAGCCCUCACACCGUCACCUAAAUGAAGGUCGGUGAACUUUAUACAGGUUUUUUUUUCUUUCUUUUUUCCUGUCAUAGAAUUGUUCAUUUUUCUUUUUUUGUUUUCUUUUUUGUAUACUUAAAAGGGUGAGAUGUUGCCAUGAAUUUUCCUGGUUUGCUGAGCGUUCAUAUUAAAGGAGAAAUGUGCAGUUUCUCGUGCUGGUGAAUUGUAAACACAGGACCAUGUUUUGUAAAUAUUGGCAAUGUUAUGAAUUCCUUCUCCAAGAGAAGGGGAGGUUGAAUGACAGUCCCCUUAACCAAUGUGGUGGGGAGGUGGGAAUUCCUUCCUCCAAUCCACAGGCCUCAUAGGAAAAGUAUAAAAGUAGGUUUUUGUAAAUAAACGGGGUCUUCUGCCCUGCUGCUUUGUUGCACCCAGAUCUGUGUCCCCAGUCUGUUUUCUGGCUAGGCCUCCACGGUGAUAGGCAUGUCUAUGUUGACAGUGGUCAGUAGCUGAGUCCAAGGUGGUCUGGAGGCGUAACAGAUUUCUCCUCCGAAGCCAGUGAGGGCAAGGGCCAGGUGCUUCGACAUUGAAGUUGACUCCGUGGUCAGCUGCUUGCGGAAGGGAAGGUGGAUUCUUGUUGGCUCAGUUCCCAGGUGUUUCAAGGCGAGUUUCCUGCCUUUCAUGAUGAGGUUGGCGACGCAUUCGACUCCUGGGGAAAAUGCACAAGCUGGUCUUCCAAGGACCACCCAUUGGAUCGGCUGGGACUUCUCAGAAGGUCCUUGGGCCAGUGCUCCCACUCCUCCCUUCUGUGUAAAGGGGACGUACAGAUCAAGGGGCACGCCUGGGUUCCACCUGGUG